ACCCGCCCACUCACUUGCAGGAAGUAGUCAUGCCGAAGUUCACGUCAAACUCUGGCGCGGGCAAGCUAUUAACUUAAAUACUCGACUGAAUAAAGUGUCUAAAGGUAGAGGUAAACAUAAUUAAACCACAAAAAUGUCAAAAUUUCUUCGAGCAAUCAAAAGCAACAUACCAGAAAAGGACAAAUCGGAAUUAACGGAGAGCGACCUGAAAAAAUGGGGAUUAGAAGCAAUUCAUCUGAGGUCUUAUCAGGUGGAUGGAGUGGGGUGGCUGUCACAGUGUAUGAAGAACCAGCAGGGCUGCAUCCUUGGUGAUGAGAUGGGUCUGGGCAAGACCUGCCAGACCAUUUCUUUGCUGGCAUAUGCUCGGGGAUGCCUUAAGAUGAACGGACCGUUCCUUGUGCUUUGUCCCUUAUCUGUUUUGGAGAACUGGAGACAGGAGUUAGAGCGCUUCUGUCCCAUUCUGUCUGUGAUCUGUUACACUGGGGAUAAAGAAAAAAGGGCAGAGCUCCAGAAAGAGCUCAGGAAUGACCAAUGCUUCCAUGUUCUUCUCACCACCUAUGAGAUGUGCCUCAAGGAUGCCAGAUACCUGAAAAGUUGGAAAUGGAAGAUUUUAGUUGUCGAUGAGGCUCACCGGCUGAAGAACCAGGAAUCAUUGCUGCACCAAACCCUCAAAGAGUUUACAGUAGGUUUCCGAGUGCUGUUGACUGGCACCCCCAUUCAGAAUAACUUGCAAGAAGUCUAUUCCCUCCUCACCUUCAUCCAGCCCAGUCUGUUUCUGCCUGAUGCUGUUGAGGACUUUGUUAGUGCCUACUCAGACGUACAGACUGAACCUGCUCUUGCCGAUGAGCUUCAUCGAGUGCUCCAGCCCUUUUUGUUGCGCCGUGUUAAAGCAGAGGUGGCCGCCGAACUACCCAAGAAGACAGAACUCGUGGUUUUUCAUGGGCUGUCUGCCCUUCAGAAGAGAUACUAUAAAGCCGUUCUGAUGAGAGACCUUGAUGCCUUUAGGACUGAUCAAAACACUAAGACCCGACUUCUGAACAUUUUAAUGCAGCUCAGGAAAUGUGUGGACCAUCCGUAUUUGUUUGAUGGUGUGGAACCAGAACCGUUUGAGAUAGGGCCAAAUGUUACGUAGUGUAGCUUUAAAUGCAUUUUACUGAUUUGGAGAUAUAAAAUAGAUGUUUUUGUCUCUGUUUGCAGAGGCCAUCGUGUUCUUCUGUUUUCUCAAAUGACCAGGAUGCUGGAUAUUCUGCAAGAUUACUUGGAGUACAGAGGUUACAGUUAUGAGCGUCUGGAUGGUUCAGUCCGGGGAGAGGAACGUAACCUAGCUAUCAAAAACUUCAGCUCCAAAGAUGUUUUUAUAUUCCUCCUCAGCACCAAAGCUGGAGGGGUUGGCAUGAACCUAACAGCAGCAGAUACGGUGAUAUUUGUGGACAGUGAUUUCAACCCACAGAAUGACCUACAAGCAGCAGCCAGAGCCCACAGGAUUGGCCAAACAAGGCCUGUUAAAGUGAUCCGGCUUCUCGGUAGAGAUACUGUAGAAGAGAUCAUCUAUUCCCGUGCUGUGUCUAAACUACGUCUCACAGACACAGUGAUUGAGGAGGGACGUUUUUCUCUGCUGGACCAGGCUCAAUCUGCAGCUUCUGGCCUUCAGUUGAGUGAGAUCCUGAAGUUUGGUGUGGAUAAGCUGCUGUCAUCAGAGGAGAGCUCCAUUCAAGACGUAGACCUAAGGCUGAUCCUGGGGCAGUCUCGAGACGGCCGAUGGCUAACGGAUGAAGAGCAUGUUAAGCUUAAUGAGAGCGAUGAAGAGGAAGAUGAGGACAUGGAGGGUCAAAACCACAUGUACUACUUCGAGGGUAAGGACUACUCUAAAGACCCCAGUGCCGAGGAUGAGAAGACCUUUGAACUGUUACUUGAGAAGCAGUUAGCUGAUCUAGAGGAUGCUGGGAAGGAGGGCCGUGCACUUCGUAAUAAAGCCGGGAUGUCCCUGUCUGGGCCCUUGAUCGACCCAGGGAGGAAGAAGAGACCUCUUACAGAAUCAGAGUUAGAACAGAGACGUCAGAAGAGACAAGACGCUGCUGCAAAGAGGGCGAAGCUACAGGAGGAAAGGAAAAAGCAACAGGAAGAACUAAAUUACAAGAAGAAGAUGGCAUGGUGGGAAUCAUGUGGCUACAAAUCGCUGUGCUUGCCGCGAGUCGACAGUGAGGGUGAGGAUAUAGAGCCUGAUGAAGAUGAUGAUGAUGUCGUCAGCUGGAGCUCCACUGAUUCGGAUCACACAGCCAUUCGCUAUGUGCUGGGUGAUGUAACUCACCCUCAGGCUGAUCGAGAGGAUGCCAUUAUUGUGCACUGUGUUGAUGACUCUGGAUACUGGGGCCGAGGAGGAUUGUUUACCGCACUGGAGCUCAGAUCAGAUGAGCCGAAGAAGCAGUACGAGUUGGCUGGAGACAUGGAAGACUUGGAACUGGGGAAUGUUCUGCUUUUUCCUAUUGAUGACAAACAGUCGAGGCUCAGUGGAAGAGACUAUCUGGCACUUAUAGUUGCUCAGCAGAGGGAUAAUGCCAACAAUUUGUCAGGCAUUCGGCUCACUGCCUUGGAUGAGGGCCUCAAGAAGAUCUACAGAGAUGCCAAACAAAAGAAGGCAAGUGUCCAUCUGCCUCGGAUUGGUCACUCCACUAAAGGCUUCAACUGGUAUGGAACAGAGCGACUCAUUCGCAAGCACCUGGCCACCAAAGGCAUCUCCACAUUUAUCUACUAUUAUAAACGAGCCACUUCACACUCUUCUACAGUUUCUUCUACCACAUGCACAUCUACUCCAUCAACCUCACACUCGGCCUCAGACCCAGCAGCAUCCUCGCCAUCUGGGUCCCCACACUCCUCCAGUGCCCUUAGUCACAGUGAAGACCUUACAAAGUCACCAAAACCCUCCACUAUAUCACAUGAAGGUCAGGACGCACCAGGGUUGGCUGACUUUAUGAGAGGUGUUCAUGUCUACUUCUACAACAUGGCUGCUACAGAGAAGAAGAAGCUCGCCCGAUACCUUAUCACAUAUCCUUUCACGUUCCAUCUUUACCCACACAUUCAACAAAGCCAACAAACUACUACACUAAAACAACAUGUCUAUCAUCACAUUUAUAAGAAAGCUUGUUGAUGUUGGCGUGAGCUAAUAGUUUACACCUUAACGUUUCUGCACAUAUGACGGUGAUGAA